GUAACAGUUGAUUGUAAUGUCAAUGCAGUCCAAUACACAGGCAGGAGCAGCAGCUGCACACUGCAUUUCCCUGGAGUAUUACACGCUUCCCAUUUCUUGCAAACUUUAACAUCUGUGCCACAGUGUGUCCGAAAUCAAUAUGCUGAACAAAGGUGCUGUUGCAGGCAUCCAUUUUCUCUGGUUUCUCCUGCUUUGGAUAUUUUUUGAAAAGGCAAGCAGUGAAGAAUCCAUCAUCUCAACCAAGAGUGGAAAAGUCAGAGGGGUAAACUUGCCGGUUCUUGGUGGCACGGUUACAGCCUUUCUGGGCAUUCCCUAUGCACACCCUCCUCUUGGCAGACUUCGAUUUCAAAAACCACAUCCUCUGACCAAGUGGAUGGGUAUCUGGAAUGCCACCAAAUAUGCCAAUUCUUGCUAUCAGAAUAUAGAUGAGAGUUUCCCAGGCUUUCCGGGUUCAGAGAUGUGGAACCCCAACACUGAACUGAGUGAAGACUGUUUGUAUCUGAAUGUGUGGGUCCCAACACCUAAGCCCAAAAAUGCUACUGUCAUGGUGUGGGUUUAUGGCGGUGGUUUCCAGACAGGGACAUCAUCACUGAGUGUGUAUGAUGGCAAAUUUCUGGCUCGGGUUGAGAGAGUUGUGGUGGUCUCAAUGAACUACAGAGUUGGUGCCUUGGGGUUCUUAGCUUUCUCAGGCAACACUGAGGCACCAGGGAACAUGGGAUUGUUUGACCAACAGUUGGCACUUGAGUGGGUCCAAAAUAAUAUAGCCGCUUUUGGUGGAAACCCUAAAAGUGUAACUCUCUUUGGAGAGAGUGCAGGGGCAGCUUCAGUCAGUCUUCAUUUACUAUCUCCCAGAAGUCAGCCAUUGUUUACUAGAGCCAUUCUGCAAAGUGGGUCCUGCAAUGCCCCUUGGGCAGUCAUAUCUUCUAAUGAAGCAAAGAACAGAACCCUGGCCCUGGCUAAGUCUAUCGGCUGCUCAAGUGAAAAUGAGAAUGAAACCAUUAGAUGUCUUAGAAACAAGGAGCCACAGAAAAUAAUCUUGAAUGAACCAUUUGCUGUCCCCUAUGCUACUCUCUUAUCAGUCAACUUUGGCCCAACUGUGGAUGGAGAUUUCCUCACAGAACUGCCAGACACACUCCUCCAACUGGGACAGUUUAAAAAAACCCAGAUUUUGGUGGGUGUUAAUAAAGAUGAAGGUACCUCAUUUUUAAUAUAUGGUGCUCCUGGUUUCAGCAAAGACAAUGACAGUAUCAUCACCAGAGAAGAAUUUCAAGAAGGUUUGACUUUGGUUUUUCCAGGGCUGAGUGAAUUUGGAAAAGAAUCCAUCCUUUUCCACUAUGUAGAUUGGGUAGAUGACCAGAGAUCUGAGAAGUACCGUGAGGCCUUGGAUGAUGUGGUGGGGGAUUACAACAUCAUAUGCCCUGCUCUGGAUUUCACCCCAAAGUUCUCAGGACUAGGGAAUGAGGCCUUUUUCUACUAUUUUGAGCAUCGAUCCUCCAAACUACCUUGGCCAGAGUGGAUGGGGGUGAUGCAUGGUUAUGAAAUUGAGUUUGUCUUCGGUUUACCUCUGGAAAGGAGAGUCAACUAUACCAAAGCAGAGGAAAUUUUAAGUCGAUCCAUAAUGAGACACUGGGCAAACUUUGCAAAAUAUGGGAACCCAGAUGGGAACCAAAACAACAGUAUGAGAUGGCCUGUCUUCACAAGCACUGAACAAAAAUACUUAACAUUGUCUACAGAGUCACCAAAAGUAUAUGCUAAACUCCGUGCUCAACAGUGCCGAUUUUGGAAGUUCUUUUUCCCCAAAAUACUGGAAGUGACAGGAAAUAUCAAUGAAGCAGAACAAGAGUGGAAAGCCGGAUUCCAUCUCUGGAACAAUUACAUGAUGGAUUGGAAAAAUCAAUUGAACUAUUACACUAGUAGGAAAGAAAGCUGUGUGGGUCUCUAAUUAAUAGAUUUACCCUUUAUAGAAUGUUCAUUUUCUGUAGGUCAGUACAAAAAUAUCAGUAGAUCUCUUACAUGCCUAUAAAGAAAGCUAUUAUAUAGCUGAAACAAAAAUGUCAGAAGGAAUAAUAUCAAUUUCUCACAUCUUUCACUUAGCAUUCUAUCUAGCAUUUCAAAGCCUACGUGGCUAGAAGACGUUUAAUUAAAUUUCACAGUUAAAAUAAAUGGCAAUUAAUUAUAUGCACAUUAAAACAUUUUGUAGUUCCAAA